ACAUGAUAAGACUUCACUUUCCUUUUCCUGAUUAUCAGUUCAAUUCUAGGGGGAAUCAAUGGCUUAUCCCACUCUUUGUUUCCUUUUCAUAUUCAUUCUAUGCAGCAGUUUGGCCUCUGCAAGAACAGUUGCUCCACCUCUUGAUAGACUACUCCAAAAUGGGAACUUCGAAGCAGGUCCGAAGCCAUCAAACCUGAAUAAAACAGUGAUCAUCGGAAAACACUCCCUCCCAAGAUGGGAGAUCACCGGCAUAGUCGAGUACGUGUCCGGUGGGCCCCAGCCGGGCGGGUUCUACUUCGCUGUGCCGCGUGGGGUCCACGCCGUGAGGCUUGGGAACGAAGCCUCCGUAUCACAGUACGUCAGGAACUUGAAGCCCGGUUCGAUCUACAGCCUUACGUUUGGAGCAACACGAACAUGCGCUCAAGAUGAGGUGCUUAGGGUAUCGGUCCCUGGCAUGUCGAGCGACCUUCCGAUCCAAACGCUGUAUAGCAGCGAUGGAGGAGAUACGUACGCCUGGACCUUUAAGGCAAGUUCUAGUGUUGUGAAGGUCACUUUUCACAACCCCGGGAUGCAAGAGGACCCAACCUGUGGACCUCUUUUGGACGCCAUUGCAAUCAAGGAAGUGCUGCCCCUCAAAUUCACAAGAGGAAACUUGGUGAAAAAUGGAGGUUUUGAGACCGGUCCUCAUGUCUUCAAGAACUUCUCCACGGGCAUCCUCGUCCUCCCCAAGCGCCAAGACCUAUACUCACCCAUCCCAGGAUGGAUCGUCGAGCACACCAGACCGGUAAAAUACAUCGACUCAAAGCACUUCAACGUGCCCUCGGGUCUUGCAGCAGUCGAGUUGAUUGGAGGGAGAGAAACAUCCAUUGCUCAAGUCUUGAGGACGUCUCCUAAAAAAUGGUACAACCUCUCAUUCACAAUCGGAGAUGCUAAGAACGGAUGCAACGGGACGAUGACGGUGGAGGCAUUCGCCAGCAGGAAGAGUGUGAGAGUUGAGUUCACUUCACAUGGGAAGGGCCAUUUCAAGAAUGCAAGCCUUAGGUUUCAAGCAGCGUCGGAGAGGACUAGGAUUGCAUUCUACAGUCCGUCUUAUCACACAAGGUUGUAUGAUUUUGGUCAUAUGUGUGGACCUGUUUUGGAUGAUGUUAAGGUUGUUCCAGUUGCCUAGUGUUAGUGAGGAAAUAGCCAGGAGCGGCAAAACUGCUCAAAGAUAGUCAUGAUUGUUGAGUUCAAACUUCAAAAGGGUGUUUUCUUCUUGCAAAACUGUUAAAAAGGGAAUGGACAAGUUAAGCGGAUUUGAAUACUAUUGCAGGUGACUU